AUGCAAAGAAUACGGCAAAAUGAAGAAACUCCUACCAUCGGUCAGUCAACGACAGAUGUGGUCAACGAUGUCUGUACAGAGGAUAAGUCAUAUUGCAAGUCAACAGUGGGUAAUCCCCAAGAAUUACCGUUGGAAAGGGAAGAGAAGAUCCUGGGAAUUCGGUGGAACUAUGUAAAUGACAUAUUCAUCUUCAAUUUUCAUCGAAUUGUGCAAGCAGCUCGAGAACUUGAGCCUACGAAGCGAAAUGCCAUUGGUAUCAUAUCCCGUUUCUAUGACCCGUUGGGAGUUCUCGCACCCAUAACAGUCAAAUUAAAGAUGUUUUUUCAGGAGCUAUGCCAAUCUAAAGUUGAAUGGGACGAAGAAUUAUCAAGCGAACUAAAGAAGAAGUGGGAGCAUCUUAUCCUAGACCUGGAAAAUAUAGAAUCGACCCUGAUACCGAGAUGUUAUCAAGCGGGAAUCGAAGAAAAGUUUCUUUCUUACAGCCUCCAAGGAUUUUGCGACGCAUCCCUUAAAGCCUAUGGAGCUGUUGUUUAUCUGAAAAUGACUACCUCAUUGGGAACGUUUAUAAGAUUUGUUAUUGCCAAAACAAGAGUCUCUCCAAUUAACAAACAAACCAUUCCAAGAUUAGAACUUCUUUCAGCAGUCAUACUAGCAAGACUUAUUUCAACCGUUACAAGUGCUCUGAACGAAACCCUAAAGCUUGAUGAUCCAACCUGUUGGACUGAUUCUAAGGUAGCACUGUACUGGAUCCUUGGUGAAACCCAAGAAUGGAAGCAGUUCGUUCAAAAUCGUGUCGUUGAGAUAAGAAAAUUGGUACCAUUGAAAUGCUGGAGACAUUGCCCCGGCAAAGUAAAUCCUGCGGAUAUUGCUUCUAGAGGAGCAACCUCCACUGAUUCAGGCGCACUUCAAACCUGGUUAAAUGGUCCUCAAUGGAUGCUCAAGGAUAUCGAAAGCGAGGGAGUUGA